UCUUGCUUCAUUGUGUGCACAGGCGCGAGCAUAGAUCGUCGACAUGGAUGUGUCCGAGAAAGACCCAAUCGAAGUACGUUUCGCCAACGCGAAAUAUGCCCUCGAGCAGAUUGAGAAGGGCAAUGCGACUGGAGCCACUUGGCGACUAACGUUUCGCUCAGGAAUCGAAAGGUCGUUCGGCUCUCUGGGAGAGUUUCUCGGUCGGUUCCCGCGGCUUGUGGUAUUGCUUGUCGUUGUGGGUUGUGUGGGACUGUCGCUUGGACUGCUGAGAGCGAGAUUUGAGACGGAUCAGGCAGAGUUGUGGGUCGAGCAAGGCGGACGGUUGGAGAAGGAGCUCGACUACACGAAAUCGGUGCUGGGAGAGGGAACGGAGGCGUCGACUGAGCUCUUGAUUCAGGUCGGGAAGGACGGCGGGAGCGCUAUCACGCGCCAGGCUCUUCUCGAGCAUCUCGAUUUGGUGACACGCGUCGCGCAGGACGUGAACGUCACGUUUGGAGGCAAACGAUGGGGCUAUCAAGACUUAUGUUACAUUCCCAAAGCACCACAAACUAUUCAAUAUCCUGACCUUGACAAGAUGAUCGUAGCAUUGCUUCCUUGUACUACUCCUACUGUGUUGGAUUGCUUUUGGGAAGGAGCAUUUGUUCAUCACCGAGAACCGUUUCAGUAUCCUCUUCCAGGAACAAAUGCAACUUUUCCUCUGAACUGGGCUAAUCUCAACUUGCUUGGUCUAUUCCAGAUCUUUAAUCAGUCUGGUACAGUGAUCGAUGAUUCUCUUAAAGAGACUUUAGCUCUUAUUCACACAUAUGUGGGUAAACCGUGCCUGGAUUCCAACAGUCCAGGUUGUCAAGAACUGAACCUGCCACCUCUUAAUAUCACAAAGGCUCUUCAAGCUGAUUGUAAAAUGUUUGCAAAUGUCUGGCAUUCAGAGUUAAUCAUUUCAGGUGAUGAGUGGAAAUCAGGUGGGCCUUCUCCAGCUGUUCAAACGCUUUUUACUCUCAGAGGUGCACAAGACGUAGUGGACACCGUGAGACUGAAAUUGGAUCGUAAUAUUACACUCGACGAGGCAGAGGACCUUUUGAGUGAGUGGAGGAAAGAGUUUUUGAAGGUUGUGUAUGAUUCUGAGGGUAUGCAUAAUCUGACUGAUGUACAUGCAUGGAGUGCUGAUACUACUGAAGAUGUGAUCAAACGGUUCUCGUCUGGCAACGAAGUGUUGUUGAUUGUUGGUUAUCUUCUCAUGGCUCUGUUCGCCGGCGUGGCGUUUAUCAAUCUUAAGUCUGCUGUCAAAUCUAGAGUCAAUGUUGGACUUGUCGGUGUUUUUCUUGUCAUCUGUGCCGUUCUGGCCGGAUUGGGACUUUCAGCAUUGUGUGGCUUGCCUUUCAACCCAACGACCACACAGGUUUUGCCGUUUUUGGUGCUUGCGCUUGGAGUCGAUGAUAUGUUUGUUUUGGCUCAUGCCUUCUUUCACGUCUUCGAUGGCCCUAAUGGUAACCAGUUACCCCUACCUGAAGUCUCCCGACGUUGCUUGGAAAAAGUGGGACACAGCAUCACACUGACUUCCGUCACCAAUGCUGCCGGAUUUUUUCUCGCCGCCAUCAUUCCGAUUCCUGCCAUGAGAGAAUUGGCUCUACAGAUUGGAAUAUGUAUUAUUAUCAACUACUUCGUGCUUCUGUUCGCCUUUCCUGCUUAUCUUUGUAUCGACGCUGGACGUGUUCGACAGGAGUUAUGUGAUGUGCUGUGCUGUGGUGCGAAUACUGCAUCGUGUCUGCGUUAUGAGGAUCCGGUCAGCCAUGACUCGUCUGCUCAAUUCAAUAAGACGGAAAGCACUGUGCAGAUGACCAUUGAGGUGUCGGAAAAGCAAGAGGACCGUGACGAGGGAACAACGUUGGGAGAUCGUUUUGUACGCGAUUAUUACUCGCCGUUUAUUCUCCAUCCGGCUGUGCAAGUCAUUGUCAUAUGUAUCUCACUGGUUUUGGUCGGACUCAGUGGGUACUUCGUCACCACAGUGAAGGAUGGUCUUGACUUGACCGAAGUUGUUCCAUCUGGAACACGGGAACACGACGUGAUCGUCAACAACAUCAAGUAUUUCUCCUUCAGUUCGGUCACUAUUGUACAUGACGACAGCAACGAUUUCACGUCGCCCGAAUGGCAGGUUGCUGCUCUGAAGUACCAUCGCAACUUCUCUCAAGUUCCGUGGAUCUUGACGAACAAGAACGAGAACCAGACUGAUGUGUCCGAGCCGUUCUGGCUGCGCAAGAUGAUCGAUUACUUCAAGGGAGUAGAGAGAAGAUACAUUGAUGAAUUACCACAUCUAUCUUCAUUCAUUGGUGGUAUUAUAUUGUCACUCGGCCGUAAUCCUAUGGAGCCGUGGCAAGUAUUAGAUACUUACAACGAUACCAAUGCAAUGGUCGACGUCAUUCCUUCAGACCUAUUCUACUCUUACCUCACUCUCUGGGUGAAUCUGGACUUGGUCUUUCCUCAGACGUCACGGCCGUCAUUCCGGCCUGUGCCUCCUGACUGGCACCUCGGUCUGGCACGGUUGGGUCCUGUACCUAAGUCCAAACCGCUCGUGUACGCCCAGAUGCCCAUGUACGCGUCGGGCGUGAAGACGUCGACCGAGGACAUCGCCUUAAUCAAAGACACGCGUGCGGUGAUUAAGACAGGAAAGCAGAACGGCAUGUCGUCGUAUCCGCGCGGUACGUCAUUUACCUACUACGAGCAGUAUAUCAAUUUGAGAGAGAAUCUCUUCUUGGCCGUCGGUCUCAUCCUCGUCGCUUGUCUCAUCGCCACGUCCGUUCUACUUCUCAGCGUUUGGACGGGAGUAAUCAUGGUGUUCAUGCUCGCGUUGACCGCUUUCGAGGUGUACGGAUUUCUAGGUUUGGCAAACAUUCAGUUUUCUGCCAUUCCAUGCGUUGCAGUCAUCGUGUCUGUCGGCGCCAGUGUGGAAUUCACCGCUCCUCUGUGUCUCAUGUUUGUGAAGAUAGCCGGGACACGUAACAAGCGGGUUCACUACGCGCUCAUGUAUCGUUUCAUACCGAUAUUCAAUGGCUCGGUCAGUACGUUCUUGGGUGUCCUCAUGUUGGCGUUUUCCGAGUUCGAGUUCAUAGUGAGAUACUUCUUUUUGGUGUUUCUCGCUCUUCUCGUGCUGGGAACGUUUAAUGGGCUCGUGCUGUUGCCAGUUCUGUUAUCGUUCUUGGGUCCGCCGCCUCAGGUGGUUCCUAAGGAGAACGUCUCGAAGUCUAACGGAGCUAAAAACAGUAACGGAGCGACAUCACCGGAUGGCUCCGACGAUAUUGAGGCGAUACGUACACAAAUGGCAAGUCCUGUGUAAGUAAGUGACCGGAACCCGCGUUGUCCCGAAUUAGCAAAUGAUAUGCGGCAGGUGGAGCUGGUGACUGGGUUGGGUAGCUAAUCGCUGAUUAAACUAUUUACGGGAUUGAGAUACUUAGCAUAUUUCAUUUUCUCGCGGUAUAAAACUUUUCCUGGGUUUUUCGUAUGUAACACUAACCGUUAAUUCUUAUUAUUAAACUUGUAAAAUAUUCCACUCUA